AACUUUCCCCCCACUAUCAACGCGAUCGACUUCUUGAACCUCCCACCUAUUCUCAUUUGUAUCUUUGUUCCUUUUCUUAUUUGUUCACCACUUUUUCUCAUACUCCGUCCAUAUUCACCAUGGCCGAUUCUUUGACUGAAGAACAGGUCUCUGAGUACAAGGAGGCCUUCUCCCUAUUCGACAAGGAUGGUGAUGGCCAGAUCACCACCAAGGAGUUGGGCACUGUCAUGCGCUCUCUGGGCCAAAACCCCUCUGAGUCGGAACUCCAGGACAUGAUUAACGAGGUUGACGCCGACAACAAUGGCACCAUUGACUUCCCUGAGUUCCUUACGAUGAUGGCGAGAAAGAUGAAGGAUACCGACUCUGAGGAGGAGAUCCGGGAGGCUUUCAAGGUUUUCGAUCGCGAUAACAACGGCUUUAUCUCUGCUGCCGAACUGCGCCACGUCAUGACCUCUAUCGGCGAGAAGCUUACCGAUGAUGAAGUUGAUGAGAUGAUCCGCGAGGCGGAUCAGGAUGGUGACGGCCGGAUCGACUACAACGAGUUCGUCCAGCUCAUGAUGCAAAAAUAAGCGCUACCCUUCUGUAUAUCCCGCCAAUUGAUAGCGAAAAUGAGUGAGAGCCAAGAAUUCUAUCCAUCAUGUCUCAUUCCCGUUCCUGCCAUUGCUUGUAGUCUACUGAGGCCGAUAUCCGCUGUCGAUGACAGUCGGCCAAGCGUACCGUUUUAAGCGUUGUCUUUUUUCGCGGGAUGAAUGCAGUUGGAUGGAUUUAGACUGAGUCAAACGAAUCGAGAUAAUGAAGUGGUACCUGGGAAACACUGAAUGUCUCCUGUUUGGCAUGACCGCUUUUGGCUUGCGAUUUCCUUUGCCAAUGUUUCUUCGCCCUUCUCUCUUACCUUCUAUUUACGUUUAUCAUACAACCCGUUCGCGUUCUUAACUUUUACUCUUAAGCUCAUUGAUCCCCGUAGCAGGUUUCACUGCAUAUUUU